AUGGAGCGGGAGAACAGAGUGAAUGAGGGAGACGGGCGAGAAGGAGGUGCUGGAAGUGGGGGGGGAGCGAGGGAGACGGGCGAGAAGGAGGUGCUGGAAGUGGGGAGCGAGGGCGACGGGCGAGAUGGAGGUGCUGGAAGUGGGAGCGAGACAGGCGAGAAGGAGGUGCUGGAAGGGGGAGCGAGGGAGACGGGCGAGAAGGAGGUGCAGGAAGUGGGGGAGCGAGGGAGGCAGGCGAGAAGGAGGUGCUGGAAGUGGGGAGCGAGGGAGACAGGCAAGAAGGAGGUUCUGGAAGUGGGGAGCGAGGAGACGGGCGAGAAGGAGGUGCUGGAAGUGGGGAGCGAGGAGACAGGCAAGAAGGAGGUGCUGGAAGUGGGAGCGAGGAGACAGGCGAGAAGGAGGUGCUGGAAGGGGGAGCGAGGAGACAGGCGAGAAGGAGGUGCUGGAAGUGGGGAGCGAGGAGGCAGGCGAGAAGGAGGUGCUGGAAGGGGAGCGAGGAGACAGGCGAGAAGGAGGUGCUGGAAGUGGGGAGCGAGGAGGCAGGCGAGAAGGAGGUGCUGGAAGUGGGGGGAGCGAGGAGACGGGCGAGAAGGAGGUGCUGGAAGUGGGGAGCGAGGAGACGGGCGAGAAGGAGGUGCUGGAAGUGGGGGGAGCGAGGAGACGGGCGAGAAGGAGGUGCUGGAAGUGGGAGCGAGGGAGACAGGCGAGAAGGAGGUGCUGGAAGUGGGGGAGCGAGGAGACGGGCGAGAAGGAGCGAGGGAGACGGGCGAGAAGGAGGUGCUGGAAGUGGGGGGAGCGAGGAGGCAGGCGAGAAGGAGGUGCUGGAAAUGGGGGAGCGAGGAGACGGGCGAGAAGGAGGUGCUGGAAGUGGGGAGCGAGGAGACGGGCGAGAAGGAGGUGCUGGAAAUGGGGAGCGAGGAGACGGGCGAGAAGGAGGUGCAGGAAGUGGGGUAG